AUGGCCAAUCCUAAUUUCAAAAAAAUGAUUAAAAAAAGAAUUCCUAUUUUAAAAUGGCUACCGCAGUAUAAAAUGAAGGAUGCAUUGGGUGAUCUGGUUGCAGGUCUCACCGUAGGAUUAACCUUGAUACCUCAGGCCAUAGCUUAUGCAGGUUUAGCGGGUUUGGAGCCGCAAUACGGACUUUAUAGUGCGUUCGCUGGAAGUUUCGUCUAUAUCUUUUUCGGCACGUGUCGAGAAGUUAAUGUCGGUCCUACAGCAAUCAUAUCUUUACUGACUUGGACAUACGCGAGUGGAAUUCCCGAGUAUGCGGCCUUGCUUUGCUUUCUGUCCGGAUGUACCACGAUAUUACUUGGCAUUCUACGCUUAGGAUUUUUAAUCGAGUUCAUAUCGAUACCGGUGGUGUCUGGGUUUACAUCAGCUGCGAGCGUCAUCAUCGCUUGCAGUCAAAUAAAAAAUUUGCUAGGCUUGAAUAUUCACGGCGAAAGGUUCGUCGAAAUUUUGGUGGAGUUCAUAAAUAACGUUGCUGACACGAAAAUACCAGAUUUGAUUUUAUCAUGCUGUUGUAUCCUAAUUUUACUGGUUCUGAAGUAUUUGAAAGAUAAAAAAGUUGCUAGUACUACGUUAAAAAAAAUCCUCUGGACGAUUGGUACAGCUAGGAAUGCCCUCGUGGUGAUCCUUUGCGCAGUUACGUCUUAUAUUUUUGAAAUGAACGGCGGAGCACCGUAUAUCCUUACGGGUCACAUCGACGCCGGUCUCCCAAUUGUCGAACCACCUUCGUUUUCGAGAACAAUUGGCAAUCAAACUGAGAGUUUCAUCGAUAUAACGAAGAAUUUAAAGUUUGGCAUCUUGAUUGUGCCACUCAUCUCUAUUAUUGGAAACGUCGCCAUCGCAAAGGCUUUUUCACAAGGUAAGUCUUUAGACGCCACGCAGGAAAUGCUGACUCUCGGACUAUGUAACGUGGUUGGUUCGUUCUUUCAGUCGAUGCCUGUUACAGGAUCUUUCUCGAGAAGUGCAGUGAAUAACGCUUCUGGUGUUAAGACACCUUUAGGUGGCUUCUACACAGGUCUUCUAGUCAUACUUGCGCUAAGUUUCUUGAUACCAUAUUUUUAUUACAUCCCGAGGGCAACACUGAGCGCUGUUAUAAUUAGCGCGGUGAUAUUUAUGGUAGAAAUUGAUAUAAUACUUCCAAUUUGGAAGUGUAAUAAACGUGAUUUAAUACCGGCAUUUAUUACGUUCCUUGCUUGUUUAUUUGUCGGAAUCGAGAUGGGAAUUUUAAUAGGUACGAUAUUCGAUCUGGCUAUAUUGAUAUAUCUCAAUGCACGCCCAACGAUAAAUAUUGAACAUAGAAACAUCUCAACAACAGACUACCUCUUAGUUCGCCCUACCACUGGAAUUUUAUUCCCUGCUGUAGAUCAUUUGAGAAUGUAUCUAACGAAGAAUUCCGGUAUGAAUGUCGUAUUAGAUUGUGAACACAUCGACAAAAUAGACUUUACCGCUGCACAGAGUAUUAAUAUGACGAUAAAUGACUUCAGAAAAAACAACUGCCAAUUAAUAAUACUACGACCCAAUCCUGGCAUUUUAAUGAGAAUACAAUCGUUAUCUGACAAACAAAUCUUGACAGCGAGAAACGAAAUCGAUUUAAUUGCAAUUUUAGGAAAACCCAAAGGCGUGACACUGAAUGAUAUGGUCAUUUCUGAAACGGAUGAACGGGCCUCUACAUGGCUGUGA